AGUCCCUGAAGGCGCCGUGGUGACGUCACACUGGGCUGGUCCAGGCUGGAAAAACAUGUAACGGUACUCGCAUCCACCCUGCUGGGACACAGCGCGCCCGAACUGAGCAAGUCCCCUCCAUCACAUUGGGACUUCCCGGGGUGGUGGGGAAGGCCAGACCUCCUUCGGCCUCCCCCCCCAUAAAGCCAUGAGUGCAGCAGGCAAGGUCAGCGGGCUGAAGCCCCCCAGUAAGAUAGUGCGCCCCCCGCUGGUGGCCAUCAGGACCACGCCAACCUCAGGAACGCCCAAGCCCGCCGAGAAGUCCCCAGGCAGCGUCUCCUCUUCCGCCCAUGAUGCCGACUUCCAGGUGGGCGAGAGGGUCUGGGUCAACGGCAACAAGCCCGGCCAGGUCCAGUUCCUGGGCGCCACGCAGUUCGCCCCGGGCCAGUGGGCGGGCAUCGUGCUGGAUGAGCCCAUCGGCAAGAACGACGGCUCGGUGGCCGGGGUUCACUACUUCCAGUGCCAGGACGGCAGGGGGAUCUUCACCCGGCCCUCCAAGCUGGCCAGGGGUCCCCUGCCGGAGAAGGAGACCAACGGGGCCCGGCCCGGAGUCCCCAAUCCGGGAAGUGAGCCGGCAGCGGCGGCGGCAGCUCAGUGCGGCAAGACGAGCGGGGCACUGAACCGAGUGGUCGUGUCCAGCGAGUCCGUGUCCAACCUCUCCGAUCCAGAAUCCGCCAAGAAAAACAAGCCCGAGCUGAGGAGAGGAGAUCGAGUUCUGGUUGCCGGGACCAAAGCGGGAGUGGUGCGGUUCCUGGGAGAGACGGACUUUGCCAAAGGGGACUGGUGCGGGGUGGAACUGGACGAGCCUCUGGGCAAGAACGACGGCGCCGUAGCGGGGACCAGGUACUUCCAGUGCAUGCCAAGGUACGGCCUCUUCGCCCCCGUCCACAAGGUGACGCGCAUCGGCUUCCCUUGCACCACGCCCACCAAAGCCAAGGGCCCCCGGCGGCGCUCCCUCCUGAAGAGGAGCCCCAGCGCCUCCUCCAUCAGCUCCAUCAGCUCCACCACCUCCUCCGUCAGCGGCAAGCCCAGCCGAGCGGGGCUGCUGACGGAGACGUCCGCCAGGUACGCCCGCAAGAUCUCCGGCACCACGGCGCUCCAGGAGGCCCUGAAGGAGAAGCAGCAGCACAUCGAGCAGCUGCUGGCCGAGCGAGACCUGGAGCGGUGCGAGGUCGCCAAGGCCACCAGUCACGCCGGGGAGGUGCAGCAGGAGCUGGUUCUCGUGAGGAAGGGCAGAGACCAGUACGCCAUGGAGACGGAGGCCAAGCUGGACCAGCUGAGGUCCAUGGUGGAAGCAGCCGACCGCGACAAAGUGGAGCUGCUCAACCAGCUGGAGGAGGAGAGGAGGAAAGUGGAAGACCUGCAGUUCCGCGUGGAAGAGGCGUGCAUCACCAAAGGCGAUCUUGAGACGCAGACCCGCCUGGAGCUCGCCCACAUUAAGGAGCUGGAGCAGAGUUUGCUCUUUGAAAAGGCCAAAGCGGAAAAACUCCAGCGGGAUUUAGAGGACACUCGGGUGGCCACGGUGUCGGAGCGCUCGCGCAUCAUGGAGCUGGAGCGGGAGGCGGCCGACCUCCAGCUGCGACUGCGGGCGUCCCGGCAGAAGGAGGACGCCGCGUCUCUGUCGGAGUUGCAGAUGAGCGGCCUCAGGGCCGAGGCGCAGUCCCAGGAGAGGAAGAUCAGCCAGCUGAGCGUGGACCUGGAGACCAAGGACAAGGAGCUGCGGUCCGUGCGGGAAGACAAGGAGUCCCUGCGGCAGCAAGUCGGCAGCUUGCUGGAGCAGGCUGGCCAGCACAGAAGCAGGACGCUGAAGACCACGCAAGAGGUGGAGCAGCUGAAGAAGGACAUGGAGGUGCUGAGGGAAGAGAGUCACUGCAGGGAAAAGGAACUUCAAGCUCUCUUGACUCAGCUGGACGCUUUGAAACAGCAGAAUUCCAAAUACCAGGAGGACCUGAGUCUGUCCCAGGAGCAGCAGCACCUCCUGCGCAGGGAAAUAGAGAAAAUGUCCAAUCAGGACUCGGAGCGACGGGACUCGGACAAAGACCGCGAGCUGGAGACGCUGCGGAACGAGGUGGCCGCGCUGCGAGGCGAGAAGGCGGCGGCCAAGACGCUGCAGUCGGCUGUGGAGACGCUGGAGCGGGACAAGGCGCAGCUGCAGGAGCGUGUCCGCGGUCUGGAGCGCAGGCUGGCGCCACGCUCCGCCUCGGAAGACCACGGCGAGCAGGAGGCGGAGCUCUCAGGCGAGGCGGCGCUGGAGCAGCUGAGGGAGGAGAAGGAGUUUGCGGAGGGCCAGAUCAACUUCCUCAACAGCGUCAUCGUCGACCUGCAGCGCAAGAACGAAGAACUGAAGGUCAAACUCAAGAAGUUGGCCUUGGCGGAGUUCAACGGGAACGACGACGGCAGCGUGGAGCAGCAGCAGGCGGGCUGCAGGCGCGAGAAAAAGAGCACGCCGCGUCUCUUCUGCGACAUCUGCGACUGCUUCGACCGCCACGACACGGAGGACUGUCCCACGCAGGCGCAGAGCCCCGACGCCGUGCCGCACUCCAGUUACCGCGGCAACCGGGCCGACGAGCGGCCAUACUGCGACAUCUGCGAGGCCUUCGGCCACGCCACCGAGUCCUGCAACGACGACCAGACCUUCUAGACCUCUCCAAACACGACUACUUUGUCAGCCGGCCGGCGUGUGGUGCCACCUGCUGGAGACACCAACUUAACCGCGUCUUAGCUUCCGGGCGAGCUAGCGCUUUUAAUACUGAAGCAGUACUCAAAUUCAACCCACUAAAC